CGUAACGUAGGUAUUGAAAGAGUAAGUCGCAAAUCAGAUUUCCAACGAGUAAGAUGGAAUCGAGUAAUGUAUUAAAUCCUACCGUUAGAGUUAAACAUGAGCCUCUUGAUGAACCUUUCAACGAUGAUAAUGAUUACAAAAUAAUUGACACUACACCCGUUACUCAUAAUGUUAAAUACGAAAGUUUUUGGCGAGAAAAUUCAGGCCAAAUGCUUCAAGAAAUUGACAAAAAUCAUGAAAAUGAAUAUGACAACAUCCAAAUCGAAUUGGAAUGUACAGACAUGAAGCCCAAUUUAUUGGCAGUUGUGAAAAUUGAAGAUUAUUCUUCAAAUCAAUGGCCGAAUAGUGACGAGUAUAAAACUGGAAGCAAAAUUAAAUUAGAAACUGUUGGGACAGUAAAGAAAGAAGUUUUUGGUAAAGAAGAAACUGAUUUGAAUUUCGGACGUGGACUUAGCGAGCAAAAUGAAACAAGAAGUGUUUCAAAAGAGUCGAACUAUAAGAGGAGUCUCAAAGCACAUGUGGGUAUAGUGCAAAGUGGUAUCAAUCAUGCAUGCGAUAUAUGCCAAAAGACAUUCUUAAAAAAAUGUGAUCUCAAUAGGCACAUAGAUUCGGUGCAUAAUGGUGUCCGGCAUGCAUGCGAUAAAUGCCCAAAGACAUUCUCAGACAAGAGUUAUCUCAAAAAGCACAUUGAUUUCGUGCACAAUCAAGUCCAACAUGCAUGUAAUAAAUGCCCAAAGACAUUCUCAGGUAAGGGUUAUCUAAAAAAACACAUCAAUUGGAUGCACAAGCGAGUCGGACAUACUUGUGACAUUUGUGGAAAGACAUUCGCACACAAAAGUAAUCUCAAUACUCACAUCGAAUCGAUACAUCAUAAAAUCGCGCAUCCAUGUGAUAAAUGUCAAAAGACAUUUUCAGGAAAGGGUUAUCUCAAAAAGCACAUCGUUUCGGAGCAUAAUGGUUUCCCUAAUGCGUGUGACAUUUGUGGGAAGACAUUCUCACAAAAAAGUAAUCUCAAAACUCACAUCGAUGCGAUGCAUAAUAGUGUCAGACAUGCAUGCGAUAUUUGCGAAAUGAAGUUCACAUCAAAGUAUUAUCUCCAAAACCAUAUCGAUGCUGUGCACAAUGGAAUCGGCUUCGCAUGUGAUAUGUGCACAAAGAAAUUUACUGCGAAAAAUAGUCUUAAAGCCCAUAUCGAUGCGGAUCACAAUGGAAUCACCCACGCAUGUGAUUUCUGUGUAAAAAAAUUUAAAUAUCAAACUCAACUCCGUAAGCAUGUCAAAUCGUCGCAUAGUGAUAUCAUACAUUCAUGCGAGACAUGCGGUAAGACAUUUGGACAGAAAAAAAAUCUCAGAGCUCAUCGAUGCGGCGCAUCGCUUACGCAAUGUGACCUAAUAAAUGUAUCGAAAAUACUAUAAAAACAAUACAUUUUAAUAUAAAAAGAGCCAGAACAUGUUUCUCAAACAAUAAAUCGAUGUAUCCCUUAGCUUUAUAAUUUGGCUUUGAGUCUUAGUUCUUAUCAAAUUCUCUACUCUUCUGAUAAUCUGUACCGAUGGUUCACAAUAUGACACUGACGACUUUACUGAAUAUCAUAUAUCAAACCGGUUCUAUAUAAAUUUUUUUGAUAAAAAAAAGUGUCCUUUUUUUCUUUUCAUGUCACACCCAUUUCAGUAUUUUAUACUGAUAAUUCAAAUUCAUUUCAAAACAAUUUUCAAGAGUUUUUUUUAUAAAGUUAUCCUUUCAG